CCUCCAUGCGAGCUCGUUUUCCCCGUUCAGAGACCAAUUAGGACCCUAGCAGGACCCAGCUUGAAGGAAACGAGACCCAGGAAGGUUGGCACGCCCAGAAGGAAGGGAGAACGCCAGAACCAAGGAGGCAGGAAUUCGCUACCACCUUUAUCCUCUAUGACGCCAAAAUUGACCGACGCUCCGACUUGUCAUGGGCGGAGUGCGCCUGCGCCAAUGGCGCCCGCACACUGUUCACAACUUAGUAACGCCGCACGUGAUUGGGCCAAGGAGUUGCAGCGAACAGAAACGGUCUCCUUAUUGGCUGCACGUCUAGCUCUGUCUGCCUUGUUCGCCUACGGGAUUGGCCAGUCUGACUCGGGCAUUGCGAUUGGCUGGCGCGGCGUGGGCGGGGCCGGUGCGGGUACAUUUGAAUUCAAGCAACCAGGCAGUUGCUGAGGUUCUCCGGCUUACCUGCCCUCGGGGAGUCUGCGGCAUGUCCUUUCCCAAGGCGCCCCUGAAACGAUUCAAUGACCCCUCCGGUUGUGCUCCCUCUCCAGGAGCUUACGAUGUCAAAACUUCAGAAGCAUGUAAAGGACCAGUAUCUUUUCAGAAAUCACAGAGAUUUAAAAAGCAAACAGAAUCUCAACAAAAUCUUAGUGUGGACAAAGAUACUGCCUUGCCUGCUUCAGCUAAAAAAGCUAAGACUUCAGGAGCUAAGAAGGAGUCUCAAAAGAAUGAUAAAGAUUUGAAGAGAUUAGAAAAAGAGAUCCGUGUUCUUGUGCAGGAGCGUGGUGUCCGGGACAAGCAGAUCCAGGACUUGGAGUCUGAGCUGGAAAAGGUGGAAGCAAAGCUAAGUGCCACAGUCAGAGAGAAAACGUCUCUCUCAGCAAAUAAUGCCUCCUUGGAGAAAAAGCUUUUGGAGCUGACCAAAACAAAUGAGCUACUAAAGACUAAGUUUUCUGAAGAUGGUAACCAGAAGAAUAUGAGAAUGCUAAGCCUAGAGCUGAUGAAGCUAAGAAACAAAAGAGAAACAAGGAUAAGGAGCAUGAUUGCUAAACAAGAAGGCAUGGAGUUGAAGCUUCAGGCCACUCAGAGGAAUCUUGAAGAAUCUCAGGGGAAAAUUGUACAACUUGAGGGAAAACUUGUUUCCUUUGAGAAAGAAAAGAUUGACGAGAAAUCUGAGACAGAAAAACUUUUAGAAUACAUUGAAGAAAUUAGUUGUGCGUCAGAGCAAGUGGAAAGAUACAAACUUGAUAUUGCCCAGUUAGAAGGAGAUUUGAAGGAGAAGAAUAAUGAAGUUUUAAGCCUAAAGCAGUCUCUAGAGGACAAUGCUGUUACCUUUUCUAAACAAAUAAAAGACCUGAAUGUUAAAUGUCAGCUGCUUGAAAAAGAAAAAGAAGAUCUUGUCACUGUGAAUAGAGAAAAGGAGGAAAAUCUAAAUGCUGAGAUGCAAAUUUUGAAAGAGAAGCUUAUCCUUGGACAACAAGAAUUUGAGAAACUACAACAAAAAGAACUGCAAAUUGACUCACAUCUCCAACAUGAGAAGGACUUGACUUCUAGUCUUCAGCGCCAGCUCUGUUCCAUUCAAGAGAAAAUGACUAAAGAGAGGAAUGUCUUUGAAGAAGAAUUGAAGCUAGCCCUGGAGGAGCUCAACAGAGUUCAGCAGAAGGAGGAGCAAGCCGAAGAGCUGGUUACUCAACUGGAAGAGCAAACAAAGUCCGCUGCCGAAGAACUAAGCCAGCUGCAAGUGCUGCUGAGAGAUAAAGAAGCUGAACUGGAGAACUGCAGGACUGCCCACUGUCAGGACACCCUGGUUUUGCAGGAAAAGUACCAUAGUACAGUGCAGACCCUUGAAGAUGUUACUGCUCAAUUUGAAAGCUAUAAAGCAUCAAUGACGAGUACGAUAGAAGAACAGAAGCUGGAGAAUUCAGCUCUACAGGAAAGACUAACCAAGGUUGAAAGAAGUGCGGAAGAUGUUCAGCAUCAGAUGCUGACCACGGAGAGCGCAAAUCAGGAGUACGCCAGGAUGCUUCUGGAUCUGCAGAACAAGUCAACCCAGAAAGAGGCUGAGAUUAAAGAAAUUACACUUUCUUCUCUCAAAAAAAUAACUGAUUUGCAGAACCAACUCAAGCAGCGAGAUACAGAUUUUGAGAAGCAGCUAGAAGAGGAAAAAGCAAGAAUAGCUGAGAAAGAAAGUACAUUGGCAGAAUUAUCUGAAGAAAGUAAUAAAUGGCGUCUCCUUUAUGAAGAACUGUAUAACAAAACAAAACCUUUUCAGCAACAACUGGAUGCGUUUGAAGCAGAGAAACAGGCAUUAUUGAAUGAGCACGGUGCUACUCAGGAGCAGCUAAAUAAAAUAAGAGAUUCAUAUGCGCAGUUAUUGGGUCACCAGAAUCUAAAGCAAAAAAUCAAGCACGUUGUGAAACUGAAAGAUGAAAAUAGCCAACUCAAAUCGGAGGUGUCAAAACUCCGCUCUCAGCUUGCUAAAAGAAAACAAAAUGAGACAAGACUUCAGGAUGAACUGAAUAAAGCUCUUGGCAUCAAACAUUUUGAUCCUUCAAAGGCUUUUCAUCAUGAAUAUAAAGAAAAUUUCACACUCAAAACCCCAUUAAAAGAAGGCAAUACAAACUGCUGCUGAGCCCUCAUGCAACAUCAAGGAUCUUAUAAGUAAACAUCUGAAACGCCUUUCAAAGAUGAUUUUAUUUGUAUAAAUGUUGUUAUCUAUAAUGUUAUUAUUGUUUAUAAUGGAUUGUUUUGUGAUGUGUUUAAUUUUAUUCUCUAUCCAUAAGUAUAUGAAAAGAAGUUCACUGAUUAUCAGAAUGUCUUUUGACAUUGUAUUUUCUAUUAACUAGCUCCUUAAUACUUAUCUUUGCCAGCAAAUACUUUUAACUACUAAGCCAUCUCCCUAGAUUUAAUACUUACCUUUAUCAUCUCAUUGUGAGGCACCUAACUUGCUUUUCAUUUUACAGUGCACAUCAUCAAAUCAACAUUUAAAUAUCUGUUAUAUUACUUUCCAAAGCUGGGGAAAUGGUUUAGUGGGUAAAAGCAGUCGCAGUGUAAAUAUGGUGACCCUGAAAAGCACUCAGAAGCAUGUAUGUGAUACCGGCCCGGCACAGCAAGAUGGAAGUCAGACAGGAAAAUCCGGAAACCCGCAGGCCGGCUAGUCUGGUACGUGCAGUGGAGAACAGUGAGACUGUGCUUCAAACAAGCUGGAAGGUGAGGACGGCCGCUCAGCUUGUCCUCUGACCGCCACAGGGCAGCGUGCAUGCCCUCCGUACACACACAUGGGCGGUCCGCCCCACACAGAUUUGUUUUUAUUUUUUGCAUAUUCUGUGACUUGACCUUUGAGGUUCUUUGAAUUCCCGUGACUUUUAGCUUGUUCCUAGAAGUCUUUUCUAGCCUGGAAAAGACUGGAAAGGUUAAGAUUACUUGGGUUUGUUCCUGUCCUAGCCUUGAUUUAUUGAUAAUGUUCAUUUUGAUAACCCCAUCCUCCAUGCAUUGUCUACUUCACAUAGAAAUAAGGACAUUCUUACCUCCACGGUAGUUCCUUAUCUUUUAUCAAAAUCACUGAGUUAUUUAAUAAUUUAUAGAUUGCUUUUUUGUUUGUUUUUUUUUUGAGAUAGGUUUUACUCUAGCUCAAGCUGACCUGGACUUCACUAUGUAGUCUCAGGGUGGCCUUGAAUUC